GAACAAACCACCGAUGUAGGUGGUCCGGAGCCGUGACCCACAAAUGGAUUUGGUGACAACGUGUGAGUGCUGGUGAUAAAGACAGUGAACAUGACUUCUCUAAUAUACGUUAUCGCCUUUGCGCUGCUGGGACAGGCUAGGUCAGGACUCGUUGAACUGAACUGCAGUGAUAAUGCAACUUGUAUAGAUCACAUGGCAAAAGAGUUUGUAAGAAGCUUGAGACAGCAGAAAACGAUAAAAGUAUUCGAUUUAUUAACGAUAGAACCAAUAGGUAAUAGACAAGCGAGGUCUAAUCAAGACCCGGUAACAAGAUUGAUAACAACACACGCGAUUAGUUUCGACUGGAACGACUUUACAUUCAGAUUCUCCAAUCCUGAAGAUCGAAGUGAUGCAUUGGAUUUAGAAGUAUUUGAAAGCAGAAGUGUUAAAGAUGUUUCGGAUGAAGUUCCGAAAAAAACGAAAGGCAAGGAUGAGGAAGAGGUCAUCGAAGACAAGAGAGUCCACAUACGGCCAAUCAGUAAAAGGCGACACAGACGAAAAGUGAUGCAAGCUGUUAUCCCUCUACUGUUCGGCAUGAAGUCCGCUGGAGUAGUCAUAUUCGCCCUGUUCAUGGUCUCAGUGAUCACCAUCAAGGCGUUCCUGGCCAGCAAAAUGGCUCUCAUGGUUACCGUUGGCAUGGCAAUGAAGAAGUUAUACGAAAGUUAUGGUGGCGGCGUCGGUUUGCAAAACCAUCCAUACCUUUACUCGCAAUAUCCCAUCGAUUUUCCGAGCGCCUCAUCGCACGCAUACUCCGUAAGCGGAGUGAGCCCACAGUUCGCAUCUCCAGAGAUGUAUAGCCCCACAGCACUGGCUACACACUCCCAUACACACGAGUUGCUACAAAACGACGCGAGUGCUCAGCAGUCGCAACAGGCGCCCACUGUACUUGUUAACUCAACACGAGCAGCGGAAAGGUGGGACGGGUACCGGCGACGUCCAAUGUUUUAUGGAACCUCGCGCGCUACUUCAGAAUCCUAUUCGGGCUACCAGACACGCCGCUAAGUUCUCCAUCCAUGACUAUGCCUAUGUAUGCCUUACCUCAAAUGCAGAACGAUAUGCAGAGCCAAAUGUUUAGCCCAACGAUGGCUAUGCCAACAGCUCAGUAACAAAAUUGGACAUUGGAUCAAAUUUAUUGGAUCAAGUGGCGUUGAUUAGUUAACAUUCUGCUAAAUGUCAGAUUACCACGUAAACUAUGCUUGAUCCUGUAAAAAAAAAAAAAAUAUGUUGCGUGGUGAUCUGACAUUUAGCAAAGUUAUCGCAGGCGCAGUGUUUUAAGUUUCUGGACUGGACUUAAAUCAUUUGUCAUUCUCUCUACUCUUAUACUUGAUUGUCCAGACAAUUU